CGGCGGGCUGCGGUCACGUGGGGGCGGCCAUGGCGGCAGCUCCGGGUGGGGAGAGCGAGAGCGGCCGAGGGGGAGGCGGGGCCACGUCGGAUCAAAUCCUGCAGACGGGAGCGGUUCUGCUGCAGGGGUUCAUCCGGGACCGGGUCCAGCGCUGUGGGGACUCCCAGGCUGUGGAGCUGAGCCGGGCAGAGCUGGGGGGGCCAGAGCCCCCCCUCUGCGAUGAGAACACCAAACGGCUCAGCGAGUGCCUGCGGCGGAUCGGGGACGAGCUCGAUAGCAACGCCGAGCUGCAGAGUAUGAUUGACCGAGUGGGGGCCCACGCCCCCAAGGAAGUCUUCUUCCGCGUGGCCGCCGAGAUGUUCUCCGACGGGACCUUCAACUGGGGCCGGGUCGUGGCGCUUUUCUACUUCGCCUGCAAACUGGUGCUCAAGGCUCUGUGCACCAAGGUCCCCGAGCUGGUACGGACCAUCGUGGGCUGGACGUUGGAGUACCUCCGGGAUCAUGUGCUGGCCUGGAUCCAGGCCCAGGGAGGAUGGGACGGCCUCCUCUCCUACUUCGGCACACCUACCUGGCAGACCAUCACCAUCUUCGCCGCCGGCGUGCUCACCGCCUCCCUCACCAUCUGGAAGAUGUCGUAGGGCGGGGUUGGGGUGUGCUCCGCGGCACCCCACAUCUGGCCGGACUGCGCUGGGCUCCCUGGGGGCUGGCUCCCCUCGUCCAGCCUCGCUCCCUCCCCAAUUCUCGGUGCCUUGUGCUCAACUCGGAACAAAGCUCUCGGGACCCUGCGCUGCGCCUCCCGGCUGGGGACCGACGUUGAGGGACACGGCCGCUCCGUGGGGCGGGACGCCCUCCUGCAUCUGGGCAGAGACUUAAAAGGCCUUGAGCCCCACCCGGGGCUGGUCGGCGUUUAACUUCCUGAGGGGCUGGCUGCCCGCGGGGAAUCCUGAGCCGAGGUCGCGGGGGCCAGAGCCGGUUCUGGGGGCCAAACUCGGGCCAAGGUCGUAGCGGGCCAGAGCUAGUUCCAGCACUGGGGGCCAAACUCGGACCAAGGUCGCAGGGGCCAGAAGCAGUUCGGGGGGCUGAACUCGGGCCGAGGUCGCAGGGGGCCAGAGCCAGUUCCAGCACUGGGGGCCGAACUCGGGCCAAGGUCGCAGGGGCCAGAGCCAGGUCCAGGGGCUGAACUAGGGCCGAGGUCAGGGGGGCCAGAGCCGGGUCUGGGGGGGUGAACUCGGGCCAAGGUCGGGGGGGCCAGAGCCGGUUCUGGCACCGGGGGCUGAACUCAGGCCGAGGUCAUGAGGGCCGGAGACAGUUCCAGGGGCCGAACUCAGGCCGAGGUCGGGGGGAUCCGGAGCCGGUUCCGGCACCGGGGGCCGAGGUCGGGGGGAUCCGGAGCCGGUUCCGGCACCGGGGGCCGAGGUCGGGGGGAUCUGGAGCUGGUUCCGGCACCGGGGGCCGAGGUCGGGGGGAUCCGGCAUCUGGGGCUGAUUCCCCCGCCGAGAUCCAUUCUGCGGGGAGCUGAGUGGGGCGGGCUCAGGCCUGGCUGCCCGUGACCUGGCAGAUUCAGUUUCCUUCCCAGAAGCACCCAUCAGGGGGCCCCCCCUCUUCCGUGUUCCCCCUCUGCUACCAGCUCCCCGGGUGGGUGGGUGCAGCCCCCUGCUGAUCAUCUGCUCAGCUCCCCCCAGCACCUCCCUGGGGAUUUCCAGGGCCCCCCCAUGAGGUGCCUGUGUCCAGGGUACCCCAGUGCCAGGUGCCUCUGUCCUCCCACCCCCCCAGUGCUGUGCACAGCGCCUCCCCCGAGCAGAAAAUCCGGUGGCCCCCUCCAUCCAGCAUGGCCUUAGGGCCCCCCUCAAAGCCCUGCUGGGGGGCUGUUUUGGGGGAUGCCCCCGUAGCAGGGAAAUCCUUGUACAGAGCACUCACAACAGUACUGUAGUGGGGGAGGGGACUGGCCCCCAUCUUCCCCCCUCCCCUACCGUUACCUGCCCCCCGACUUCUAGUGGGAGGCGGGAGGGACAGGUCCCCCCACCCCCGAUGCUUUUGUACUGUAAUUAACUUAAUACUGUUUGUAAAGCGAUGUGUGUUCUCAGGAAUGGGGGCUGACCCCCUUCCCUAGCAGCCGUGGCCCCCCCUUCACCCUGCUGUAAACUCUGGGUAGGGGUGACAGUGGGCGGCUCCCAGAUUUACCCCGAAUGUCCCUCUGCAGCCACCAGUUGGGGCAAGGGGUUGCCAGGAACUUGGGGGGGGGGUGCUGCUCCCAGCUGUGAUGGGGGGGGCAGAGCAACGAUUCCUGGGUUAGCACCCCCCCCCAAAAGGCUGGUUUGGGGUUGGGAGGAUGAGAGGGGAGCAGCUGGUGAGAUCCCCCCCUCCCCCCGCUGGGGGCUCUUAGCACAUCUGGAGCUCCCCCCUGGUACCCACCCACAGGCUGGGAUCUCCGCUGCAACCGGCCCUUUGAACUUGGGGGCCAGAUGCCCCAGAGCCAGGAGCAUCCCUGGGGGGCUUGGGGCAAAUGCAUGUGCUGAUGAACUUUGGGGGUUGGGUGUAUGAUGUCACAGGUGGGGUGGGGCUGAUAGGAAGGGAUUGAUGAUGUCAUGGAGUUGGGGGUUGGGUGUAUGAUGUCACAGGUGGGGUGGGGCUGAUAGGAAGGGAUUGAUGUCAUGGAGUUGGUGGUUGGGUGUAUGAUGUCACAGGUGGGUGGGGCUAAUAGGAAGGGAGUGAUGAUGUCAUGGGGUUGGGGGAAACAUAAUUUCAAUCUCUUCUCAUUCUGAUCCCUAUUCCGUGCCCCCCCCAGCGUACCUCACCCCCCAUCUCCACUGGGGACCCCCCACGCUGCCCCCCCCAUGCACUGACUUUUUGCCCAGAGGUAGCCAUGUACUGUGCCUGGGGUGCCCCCCCCGGCUAGUGGUUGCACCCCUUGGAUCAAAACAGGGGGGUCAGCCAGGGGGAGGGGUCUGGAGUGAACAGAGAUUUCCCCCCCCCCCCACGGGGACGUCGGCUGCCAGUGCCUCUGGACUCGGAUUUUUUUAUCUCUUUUGUAUUUACUGAGUGAUCAUCACCCCCCCCCCCCAUCCAUCCGUCAUGCCCCCCCCCCAUCUCGCCCCUGACCAGGUCUCUGUAUUUAAGAUUCGUCCUUUGUAAUUUUUUCUACCGGGGCUGUUUUGAUACCAGGGUGAGAGGUUGUGUGCAAAAUACAGAAAAUAAACUCUGAGGACAGAA